GUCAAUAUUGUGAGGUGUGGUGUUGGACAGCCAAAUAUCUCCAAUUCUCUCGCAUUCUCCCACUAGUCUAUUGUAUAUCUUCCCUGAACCUACUUGAACGUCCAAGACAAGUAUUCGAACCACAAGAUGUCGUACUACGACAUUGACGCGAUCCUCACGGACGCAGAGAAGAUCCCCUGCGAGUUCAACUUCGAGAUCCCCGACCUGGGCCACCUCGACAACAGCCCCGGCCUCCCCCUCAAAGCCGGCGCCAAGCUGGCCCUGCCCCUCUGGCUGGCCGAGAUGCUCGCCCUCGCAAACACAUCCGGCCCCGGCACCGCUGACGACGAUGCAAAGUCCUUUGUGAACCUGUCCCUGCCGCCCGCCCUGUCCAGCGAGGUCGUCCAGGCCCUCAAGGCCGACCCGCGCGCCGUGCCCCUGCGCGACCAGAGCACACACUUCUACGGCCUCGCCACCCGCCUCAUGGACCUCUUCGAGGAGAGGGAGCUGGACGGCGUCCUGCGCAAGACCUUUGUCACCCGCGCCGCCGACCUCGCCCUGCACGCCAGGAAGGUCGGCGGGUCCACCGGCAAGGAGGACGGGAGCAACCUCGGCGUGGGUGUCGACGGCGAGUUCCUCCGGGGCCUGGACGAGUGGGAGAGGGCGCUGCACCGCAAGGCGCACGAUGGGACGAAGCUGUCGAAGCAGUGGAUGGAGAACGUCAAGAAGCACUAAGUGCCAGUGCAUUGAACUCCCAAGGCACCCUUAUUGGCACACUCCACUGCCUGGCUCCCGGGCUAGCAGACCCAUGAUCUGGCUGCUGCAGUUCGCCUUGGCGACAUUAGCCAUCUGGCUCCACGCUCCGAGGAAUGCUAUUGUGGCAGGAGCCAGCCUGCCUUGGGGCCGUGAGCUUAUGAAAACAAUACUCCAGGGCCGCGCCACGGAAAUCGCCUCGAAGGCUACCGGCGCAGAAUGCACCGAGGUUCUGGGUCCAAGUUCGCAGUCGUCGGGCUGGACCUAGAUCAUUACAAGGAUUUGAACCACAUGAAACGGAGGUCGGCAGUACACCGAUGUGAACAGCCCAGGAAGAAGUAAGGCGAGGAAGGAAGCAGGUCCCGUUUUGCUUUCACUGCAUAUCCGCGCCGCAAAAUUGACGAGGCCCAGGUCGUCACAGUCCGCGUCCGCAGCAGGGCCAGCGCCAACAGUGCUCGCGUUGGUCCCCGGGUCGUCUACAAUCGGCUUGAUCAUUCUCAAAGCCGCAGCGGAUAGGAUGCCUGGCCAUGAAGUGGGAACACUAUACUGCACACUUGAACGAGAUGAAUAUACGAAUGGAUAGGUCUAUAUGCGGCUUCUUCUCGUUGCAUCUUUCGUGUCCUGGUCCUACUUGCUCUCCAGUUAUUCUUGGCCCAUCGAGCAUCUUUCAGCCGUCUGAUCAUUGAAUAAGUCUCCCAAACACGCUUCAAUAUUCUUACACAGAUCGCCGCCGUCGUUCUUAUCCUUUGGGCCGGUCGCCUCGUGUCUAGCAAAACCAGCGACAAUAACACAUCUCUCGAGCUAAUUGAAAGACAUCUGUCAAACAAAGUGCUUGGGCGGCUUCCUCUCUUCGGCAAUCCGCCUUGUCAGCUCCGGAAUGGCUGUGGUCUGCACAGUAAUUACACCAGAUCCAUCCAGAUAGGGUCAACAAAUAAGGGCCCCAGGGCGUUUCCCAUAAGCAGGGAAAAGGCGCCGAGCUGCCCGUCGGCGAACAGUCUGCCUUUGACAAGCAAACGGCAAGCAAUGUGGCAUAACUGCGAAUGUUUAUUUGAUCCCAUGGAUCGACAUGAGCUCCCGAAACGAAUCGUCAUCCAAGAGCUGCUGGGCGCCGAUCCUCUGCGAGGGCUGAUAUCGAAAACCCUUGUGCAUCACGUCCAAUAUCAGUUCUCGCUCCCGUGGCCCAAGGUCCUCUCUGGUACGCCCCAAUAAGCCCUCAAGCGAGUCCUCGGGGACCCUCGAGUCGUCGUACCACUUGCUGCGCUCCUCUUCAGGAUAAUGAUUCGGCCACCUGUAACGGCCUUUCCACUCCUGAGGCAGAGGUCCAAGCAUGUCGAACAUGCUGCCCAGGGUGCCAGAUUUAUCGUACGUGUCGAACGGGCUGAAGGCGGUCAUCAGGGUGGUAAAGACACACAUAAACCCCCACAUGUCGGACUCGUAGGUGGGCUCGAAGCCCUCGUGGAAGAGCUCUGGCGGGCAGCAAUGAAAUGGUGGGAGCGCGUGGUCGGUCGCUGGAGAGUCGAUAUGCCUUGUUAACCCGAAGUCGCCUAGGAAGGCAGUCUUGCCAACCAUGCUCCACGGCCACUCUAUGGACGAAACAAGAUCACCAGGCCGCCAUAUCAUAUCGCUCACUGGCAUUGGGAACUUCUCUGGCCGACCGACUUGUUUGUAACGCUCGGUUGGUGUUGGUCCUUGGUCAAAAGCACCAGGGACGAGGCUGACCAUCACGUUGCGGUCGGUGAUAUCUGUUUAAUAGGUCAGCCUUUGGCAUCUAGACGCGAUGUCGACCAUGGGACACACGUACCUCGAUGAAUGAAUUUGUGACGAUGUAAGAAGGCUACUGCUUGAAGAAUAUCCCUGGCCAUACGAAGUCUUGUUGAUGAAUCCGGACGAUAGACCGGCGGACGCAUACGUAUAUCAAGGGGCGGCCCCAUUACCGGUAGGACCACUACUACAUGGGUAUCAUCAGGGAAUUGGCCAGGAAGGGAGAAGGUCGAGGUGGCGAUUAGUAAGUGGCAAUCGCUGGGGUCCGUUAUCAGCCGUUGUAGGUCCUGGUGAAUCUGACUCUCAGCCUGACCUGCUGUCGUAAGGGUGCGAUGGAUCUUAAGGGCGACCGAUGUGUUGGUCUCAAUUUCAUAUGCAAGCCAUAUGGUUGAGUAUGCUCCGAAACCAAGCUUGUGCUCUAUGCGGUAUGACUUGCCACCGCCUUGUAUGAUCUCGCCGAUUGUCACAGGGUAACAAGGCGGCCCGGGAGGACCUACGCGCACGACGUAGGCGUCAAAUCCCUCUGUGGCACCGGUAACGUAUUCCUCGUACUCUUCUGAGAUGUAGUCACCCCAGUCUUCCGGUUGAGUCAUGUUGCUGUGUUGCGCCAUAUUUGCAGCCGUCCAGGUUGGUCCGCCAGGCCUCAGAGUCAUAGGGACAUGAUCUGUGGGAGUG